UUGAUCCAUUUAUAAUUUAUCCUUUUGUAGUAAACAUAGCAUUACGAAACCAUGGCUGAAACUAUCAGCAUAGUAUUACCUCCAACAAACGAGACAUCAGCCAUCAAUUGCAACUUAUUUGAGAAUACAGGAGAGUUGUUCUGCAAAGAAUGUCCGUCUGCGUUAGGCAAACCAUGGCAAGAUGAAUCCAAUAAAUUGUUGUCUCUAUUAACCAACCAAGAAGAGCUGAAUGAGAAGGAAAGAGAAAGACAGAAGUUAACUGGGGAAAAUUAUGCUCUCAAACAGCGCAUAAGCGAUCUGGAAACUAGACUCAACAACCAAGAAGAGCUGAAUGAGAAGGAAAGAGAAAGACAGAAGUUAACUGAGGAAAAUGAUGCUCUCAAACUGCGCAUAAGAGAAUUGGAAAAUAGUUUAACGAAUCAAGAAGAGGCACUAGAGAAACAGAGAAGAAUAGAAACAUUAACCGAAGAAUAUAAUGCUCUCCAACAACACUUAAGCGAAUUGAACACUAUUAACAGAACGAAGGAUAAUGCACAUGAAUCAGAACUAAGAAUACAAAAAGAAGACCUGGAACAGAAAAUACGAGGGCUUGAAGAACAAGUAGAGGAGUUCGAAAACAGGCUUUCAGGCACAACAGAAAAACACCAACAAGUAGUGCGUAGACUGACCCAAGAACUUGACAACACUCAAGUUGUGUCUUGUAAGAAACGUGAUUUUAAACUGGACUUGCAAAAUCAUCGCAUUUCAAUAGUUGAACAAUCACUAGAGAGCAAAAUAAAAGAGAUUGUCGAUAAUGAGCAAAAAAUGAAAAAAGUCGACAUUAUGAAAGAAACGUUAGAAACGAAGACAGAAAAUUAUGAGAACACAAUACUGACAGCCAACAAGAAGAUAGAAACAUAUAAAAAAGAGAUCGAAAAAUAUCAGAAGCCCAUUGAAUGCAGCUAUUUAUGCACGUCUUGUUCCAGCUAUAUUGAAAAAAGAAGCUUUCCACAAGGGCAAGCACCUCUUCCGGAAGUCGUCGAAUUUAACAAAUCAUUCAGAUACAUUGGUGUAGAAUCAUAG